AUGAAUCCUGAAUACGACUAUCUCUUCAAACUCCUUCUCAUCGGAGACUCUGGCGUCGGAAAGUCUUGCUUGUUGCUUCGAUUCGCCGAUGAUACGUACACAGAAAGUUACAUCUCCACCAUCGGUGUCGAUUUCAAAAUCAGAACUAUUGAACUCGAUGGGAAGACGGUGAAGCUCCAGAUUUGGGACACAGCAGGUCAAGAACGUUUCCGAACCAUCACAUCGUCUUAUUACCGUGGCGCCCAUGGCAUCUGUGUUGUUUACGAUGUAACCGACAUGGACUCUUUCAACAACGUGAAGCAGUGGCUUCAGGAAAUCGAUCGCUACGCCACAGAAGGGGUCAACAAGCUGCUUGUGGGUAACAAGAGCGAUAUGGAAGACAAGAAAGUCGUGGAGUACACCGUAGCCAAGGAAUUCGCCGAUAGCCUUGGAAUUCCUUUCCUUGAAACCUCAGCCAAGAAUGCUUCCAAUGUUGAGCAGGCUUUCUUGACCAUGGCUCGGCAGAUCAAGGAGCGUAUGGGAACUGCCACUGUUAACAACAAGCCGACUGUGCAGGUCGGUCAGGGUCAGGGUGUUCAAUCUGGAUCCGCAGGCGGUUGCUGCUAA